UAGUUGAUAUAGCCAAGCAGUCAACAUGGUGAAGCCAAUUCUCUACGGAAUCGAUGGCAGUCCGCCCGUGCGUGCUGUUAAACUUGUGCUGGCUGCUCUCCAAUUGCCCUAUGACUAUAAGGUGGUCAAUGUGCUAAAUAAAGAGCAGCAUUCAGCGGAAUACCUGAAGAAGAAUCCGCAGCACACGGUGCCCAUGUUGGAGGAUGGUGAAGCGUGCAUUUGGGACUCGCAUGCAAUCAUGAGCUAUUUGGUGAACAAAUAUGGCAAAGAUGAUUCGCUCUAUCCCAAGGAUCUGGUGAAGCGCGCCCGUGUUGAUCAACGUAUGCACUUUGAAUCCGGCGUCGUAUUUGGCGAUGCUUUUCGAUCCGUUACCAAAAUAAUUCUAUUCGGCGGCAUGACUGUGGUGCCCAAAGAACGCAUUGAGGCCAUUAUUCAAGUGUACGAUUUUUUGGAGGCUUUCCUCAAGGAUCACGAUUACAUGGCCGGCGAUCAGUUGACAAUUGCCGACUUUAGUCUCAUCUCAUCGAUCAGCUCGCUGGAUAUCUAUGCGCCCAUCGAUUCCGCCAAGUACCCGAAACUGAGUGCAUGGGUUAAGCGUUUGGCAAAGUUGCCGUAUUAUGGGGAAAAUUCUCAGGGUCUUCAACAAUUUGCCGCCGUUGUUAAAAGUAAACUUACAUAGUGACAGCAUAAGCAAAUCAAAAGUGUUAUCAGUUGUUCAUAACAAACAUACAUAUGUAGUAAAUAUAUUUCUAGAAAUGUUCUUAUC